AUGGGCGGCUCCUUCAGACCAAACUACACCGACACCCCCGAACCUCCUAUCGCACCCACCAAGAAGAUUACACUCAUAAUCAUCAAGACUUCCCUCCUCAUCCCCGGUGACGGCGAGCCGCUUAAAGAUGCUGCCCUCGUUAUAUCCUCGAAGGUGAUCGCCUGGGUAGGGGCGCAAUCCUCCCUCCCUUCGAAAUACACCGACUCUCCUCACAGGUCCUACACGGUGCCUUAUCUCAUGCCGGGCCUAUGGGAUUGCCACGCUCACUUUGGCGGCGAAUCCCCCGAUGGCAGCGGGGGCGGCGACCCGUACCAAAGCUUCAUCACCGAGCACCCCGCCGCUUCCGGCGCCCGCCUCACGCGCGGGUGCUGGUUGGCUCUGCAGCGGGGGUAUACGUCGCUGCGCGAUGUGGCGGGUCUGGGCUGCGAAGUCUCUCGCGCGAUUGAGGAUGGCACCAUCGUGGGACCCAACGUCUACAGCUCCGGGGCGUGCCUGAGCCAACUGGGUGGCCACGGCGAUAUCUUCUCCCUUCCCGCGGGAGACGUCCUGCUCAACCUCGGCGUGUCGCAAAUCACGCCGGGUCACUUUGGCACAACAGCGAGCAUGAUUGUGGACGGCGUCGACGAGUGCCGCCGCGCAGUACGGCUGCAGAUUCGGCGUGGCGCAAAGUGCAUCAAAGUCUUGGCCUCCGGCGGCGUCAUGUCCCGCGACGACAACCCGCUCACCGCCCAAUUCAGCGCGGCGGAGCUCGAAACCAUCGUGGAGGAGGCGACGAGGCAGAACCGCGUUGUUGCAGCGCACGUCCACGGCAAGCCUGGGAUCCUGGCAGCCAUCAAGGCGGGCGUUACGACCGUGGAACACGUCUCCUUCGCGGACCGCGAGUGCAUCGACCUGAUCAAGGAGAAAGGCAUUGUCUACAUUGCCACACGUGUGGUCACGGAUUUGCUACUCAGCACGGGGGGCAAGGGAAUUCCUCCUACGACGUGGGAGAAGGCAAAACUGGUGGCGAAGAACCACAUGACGGCAUACAAGAUGGCCAUUGAGUCUGGCGUGCAGGUUGCUCUUGGCACGGAUACAGGGCCGGGGUUCAACAUGGCGAUGGAGCUGGAGUCCGCUGUCAAGGCUGGGAUGAGCAACCUAGAGGCGAUCAAGGCGGCGACGGCGAACGGGCCGCUGAGCGUGGGUGCACAGGCGCCGAAGACGGGGCAAUUGAAGGUCGGGUAUGAGGCGGAUGUCAUUGGACUGCUGGAGAAUCCGGUGGAAGAUGUCAAGGUAUUGCAACAAGUUGACAAUAUCGGCUGGGUUUGGAAGGGUGGUAAGAUCUUCAAAGGACCGGGGGUUGGGCCUUGGGGCGAAGAUGCCUGGGGCGAAGAUACCUUGGGGGAUGUGACGAUGGCUUCGCUUCUUCGUUGA